AUGGAUGUACCGGCAAGGGUUCUGACGCCUUGGAGAAUUCCAGAGUUCUUUGAACGAUUCGCUGGUCGCCAGGAUCUUCUCAACUUUGCGGCCCAGGACAAGAUUCCCGUCAGCUCUACGCCCAAGGCCCCCUGGAGCAUGGAUGACAACCUCGCGCCCUGCUCGUAUGAGGCAGGAAUCUUGGAGCAAUCAGAGCUGACGCACCCGGAAAACAUGUGGACCCGUACAGUCGAUCCCAUGAAGGCGCCUGACGAGCCGGCCAAGUUCACGAUUCACUUCGAGAAGGGUAUCCCUGUCAAGGUCGAGAUCGGUGACAAGGUUGUCACUGGCUCUUUGGAGAUCUUCAAGGCCCUCAACGAGAUCGGCCGGGUGCAUGGCGUCGGUCGUAUUGACAUUGUUGAAUCGAGGUUCAUCGGUCUCAAGAGCCGUGGCUGCUACGAUACGCCUGGUCUCACCAUCGCCAGACUUGCCCAUAUCGAUCUGGAAGGCCUUGUGAUGGAUUCUAAAGUUCGCUCGCUUUGCGACCGCUUUGUGACAUAUGAGUGGUCACAGUGUCUGCAUAAUGGUAAGUUAUUUCUAUGCGGUCUCUUUGGAUACGCAUCACUCGUGCUCAAAUUCUUGGCCAGGCAUGACUUCAGUCCGGAGCGGGAGUUUCUCCAACACUCCCUCGAGUUCAGCCAGAGGCAGGUUGACGGCAAGGUCCACAUGAUGGCCUUCAAGGGCAAUGCCUAG